AUGAUGGUAGCUUUAGAUGGUAGUGGUAAUUUCACUACCAUUUCUAAAGCCAUAGAAGCUGCUCCUGUGUUGAGUUCCAGGAGAAUUAUCAUAAAAAUAAAAAAAGGUACAUACAAAGAGAAUCUGAUAUUUCCUGGGAACAAGACUAAUAUCUUUUUGGUUGGAGAUGGAAGAGGAAUAACUGUCAUUAGCGGAACCAAAAGCGCGGGUACUGGUCUCAAUACCUUGGACACUGCAACUGUAGUUGUUGAAACUACACAUUUUCUAGCGAGUAACAUUACUUUUCAGAAUACAGCAGGACCUUCAAACCAUCAAGCCGUUGCCCUAGCGAUAACAGGGACUCUUUCUGCAUUUUACAACUGUGAGGUAUUUGGAUAUCAAGACACUCUAUAUGUUAUGCAAGGUACACAUUUUUUUGUGAAGUGUCUUAUUGAAGGUACAGUAGAUUUUAUUUUUGGGGACACGGCACAAGUGGUAUUACAAGACUGUGAUAUCCAAGUGAGAAUUCCUCUCACAGGUCAGUCAAACAUCAUAACUGCUCAAGGAAGAACAAAAAACAAAGAGGGUGGAAUUGUAAUCCAAAACUGUAGGAUUGGUGCUACUCACGAGUUUGAAGGCGUGAAAAAGAAAUUCAAAACAUAUUUAGGGAGACCAUGGAAGAAUUAUUCAAGAACUAUUAUCAUGCAAAGUUAUAUGAGUGAUAUAAUUGACCCAGCUGGCUGGACAGAGUGGGAGGGCACUACUUUUGGUCUUAACACUCUAUUCUAUAGAGAGUAUAAUAACUCUGGACCGGGUGCUCAAACCUCUAAUAGAGUCACAUGGAAAGGAUUUAAAGUGAUCACUCAUGCUGUUGAGAUCGAGCCUUUUACUGUGAGAAACUUCAUUAAUGGCUCCCAAUGGUUGAAUUCUACUGGAUUUCCUUAUAAACUAGACUUAUAA